CCUGGACGACGUGUUCCACUCUAUAUGAGGCAGUAUAGUAUCUAGCCCAGACAAUAACGAAAAUGGAAUAACAGGAACUGACCGAAGCCCCUCUUUACGUAAUGAAACUGUGCGCAAGCUAGCUGUAACCAUCACUAUCUUUUCCCAUGUCUUUCCCGCGCGCGACAAUGCCCCCUUUUAUGAGGUUAUGGCGCGGUAGUGUGACGUUAAGUUAUGCAAGGACACCGCUUUUCUCCGAUAAUAACGUAAUAACCACGAUCUGGCCGCCGACAGCAACCAGGAAAACGAAACCGCCGCAACGGCACGAGGGGAGUCGAUCAUAAAUUGCGCGAUCCCACGGCGCGCUCGAUCACCUUGAUUGCUGUCGGAAACAGGCGAAGCGUGGCGGAAGGAAAAAGAAGGCUGGCGGCAAUAAACGGAGUUCUCCCCCGCCCUGUCCUUCGUACAACACAACGCAUUGUACUGCCACUACUACAGCCUGCCUCCGUGCGCGCGCGCCGGAUGCGAGCUCCAUGUCGUGCCGCUUGAGUUGGCGUGCGGAGCCGUGCGCCGCUGCCGCUUGGCAGUGGAAGCAAGCGAGCACGGUGUCAGGUGUACGACGCGCAUGAAAGGCUGGACUGCGGUCCGUAGUGCGUCGUCGGUGCAAUGAACUUGCACCGGCGACGGGCAGGGCGGCGGAGCAGGGACAUUCCUCGCCACAAAGCGGCGUGCAGCGCGGCAAGAGCCCGCAGCGUUUGACAGCAGCCGGUGCGCCCCGCCAGCAAAACUCAUUUGCGUGAACGGCAGCGGCGCGCUCAGCUCCGCGAGCGAGCAGCCGCGAUCGAUCCGCUGCUGGGCGGUGUCUGCGAAAGGGAGGCGCGGCGCCCCCCGCUCCAUCGGAACAGGUGUUGCCAACGUCGACUGCCACCGGACUUUGAACUCGCGCGUUCGCUGAGCACGGGCGCUUCCGGAGCCGCGAGGACGCCCCAGCUGGUCGGCACCCAAGUCAGGCGCAACCCGGUGCCCCGUGCGAGGCCGGCGGCUCCGGCACACACCGUGGGAUGCGCCUGACACCGCCCGGCAUGCCCGAAGGCAGCGGCGGCGACGCGAGGAUGCUGCGCGGAUCCCAGCUGGCGAGGGGGCCAGGCAGCCUGAAAGACUCGGAGCAGGGACCCAGGUCCCUGGCGGACAGCAGCGACUGUGGCAGCGGGGGAAGCCUGUUGAGUGUUGUGGGCAACGGCGGGGACAGCAGCUACGAACGCCGGCACGUGCACGAGGCACAUCUGCGCGAGGCCUUCCAGGCCAUGCACUGCAUGCAACUCAAGGGGCAGCUGUGCGAUGUGCGCCUGGUGGCUGGCAACCAGAGCCUGCUGGCGCACAGGCUCGUGCUGGCCGGCUCCAGCCCCUACUUCCACGCCAUGUUUAACAGUGACAUGUGUGAGAAGGCACAGGCUGAGGUGGUGCUUCAUGACAUCGCCUUCUCCGCCCUGCAGCAGCUUGUCGAAUUCGCCUACACUGGCGAAAUUGUCAUCACUGAGAGCAAUGUCCAGAGCCUGCUGCCCGCGGCCAGCUUGCUGCAGGUGGGCAGCGUGCGUGAGGCCUGCUGUGCCUUCCUGCUGGGACAGCUCCACCCGUCCAACUGCCUGGGAAUCCGCAGCUUUGCCGACACGCAUGCCUGUCGCGACCUGCUGGGCAAGAGCCAUCGAUACGCCCUGCACCACUUCCGAGAGGUGGCGCACACCGACGAGUUCCUCAUGCUGCCUUUCUCGCAGGUGGAAGACCUGAUCUCCAGCGACGAGCUCAAUGUCUCCUCGGAAGAGUUGGUUUAUGAGGCCACUGUGGCCUGGAUCAAGCACAAUCUGCCCGAGAGGGAAAAGUACGUUGGCAAGCUGCUGCAGCACUGUCGGCUGCCGUUGAUGCGUCGGGAGUUCCUGCUGUCCAAGGUGGGCGAGGAGCCGCUGGUGCGCUCAAGCGAGGAGAGCAAGGACCUGCUCAUCGAGGCCAUGCGCUACCACCUGAUGCCUGAGCGGCGCGCUGCCAUGGCUGGGCCACGCACCUCGCACCGCAGGCCCGAGGGCCUCCGCUCCUACCUCUUCGCCGUCGGUGGAGGCUCACUGUUUGCCAUUCACAGUGAGUGCGAGUACUACAACCCACGCACGGACCGCUGGAGCUCUUUUGCACCCACCAUCCACCGGAGGUCUCGAGCCGGCAUCACCGCACUGAACCGAAUGCUGUACGCCAUUGGUGGCUUCGAUGGCACACGAGACCUGUCGUCGGUGGAAUGCUAUGACCCUGUGCGUAACACGUGGUCACUGCUCCCGGGAUUGGGCAGCCGACGCAGCUGCCUCGGAGUGGGAGCCCUGCGUGGCCUCAUCUACGUGGCUGGUGGCUACGACGGGACGUCCUGCCUGAGCAGCGUGGAACAGUUUGACCCCCUCGUUGGUGCUUGGACCUCCGUGGCUGCCAUGGAGUAUCGUCGGCGAUACUGCCGCCUAGCCGUCCUCGAGGACUGCCUGUAUGCUGUGGGGGGCCACGACGGGGCCAACUACCAGUCGUCAGUGGAGCGGCUGGACCCACGGGAGGGCCGCUGGCGGCUGCUGCCGUCGAUGCACAGCCGGCGCAACAGCUGCGGUGUGGCCGUCCUGGACCGGUCCCUCUACGCUGUCGGCGGUAACGACGGCAGCCUCUGCCUCAGCAGCGCCGAGCGCUUCGACCUGGCCGCCAACAUGUGGGACCACGUCGGCUCCAUGCACUCCCGCAGGACGACACACGAGGUGGUCCAAGCCGACGGCUUCCUCUACGCCGUUGGCGGCAAUGACGGCAGCUCAAGCCUCAACACUGUCGAGCGCUACGACCCGCGUCACAACAAGUGGAUGCUCGUCACUGCCAUGAUGCUUCGACGAAGUAGUGUCGGCGCUGCCGUGCUAGAGUGCCCCAUACUAGAACGCGCAAACUCCACGUCAUUUGCUUCGGUUAUUGGCGCCUCUUCUGAGCCCUGAGGCACAUGCUUCCAGCCUUCCUCAUGAUUUGCUAAAGCGCAUUGUUUUUUUGUUGUGGUAUGGGGGCCACACAGCGUCAAAACUGUCAUGCUUUGGCAGUGCUCUCACUGCUGGCCAAGGAUGAGUUGGCUUUUGCAUUUCGCCCACCACUUCGCCAACGUGACCCUCAGCGAUGUGAGAGUGAGAUUACCUUAAUUCUGCGUUCUUCAGCAGAGCGUAGAGUUUCUCAGUUUGGGUGCUUCAAACAUUCACGUCACUUCCUUAGUUUAGUAGCAUUACGUGUGAUCAUCUCGAAUGUUCACUCGCAGGUAUGACCUGCAAGUGGGACCUUGGGGAGAAUUUCCAUUUCCUCGGCACCUUCAUACCCGAGUGAAAACCAGUUCACCCAAGAGCGAUAGUUUUGUGCGUGUGUUUCAGAGCCGUUCUCUGAUGAAUGGCUGCUCUGUUAGGUGUCCUAGUGUGACUAAGGUGUGAGACCCUUAGCGUCAACAGUCUUCAAAAGCUGGCUGCUCGCUGGUUGGGAAGUAAGGGCCUUGUCAUGCACAUUCCCUGAUCAUCCGUUGCUUCACCCACCUAGUUGUCACGUGGACAUGUCUCACAUGUGUGAUAUUAGGAGUGCAUGUUAGUGUGUUUUUUGUAGGAAGGUGUGUGCUUUGGAUCAUCCCCAUUCAUCUUCUGCUGAAACUGUUGCAGUGUAGAGAGAGUAAACCAAUAAGUGAUGCCAGUUGCCAACUGCCUGGCCUUUGUCUUAGCUUGUGAAAUAUGAGAGCAUGGAAAGAGUUUCCUCUCACUUAGUGCUCGAUGUGGUAUAAGCACUUGUGAGUGCUUGACAGUGCACCAUGCGCGAUACCGGUGAGUCGUUAAAUGACGUUACUAAUGUCUUUGAUGGGAGUAGCUUCCCAACCUGAUAUUUUGGUCGAUGCAACAUACAUUAUUUUUUCUUACCUUAACUUAUACUAGCAGUUGAGAGAAAAGUAAGGGAUUUUUCUCAUAAUGAAAUAUUGUUAUGCUUUGUGUACUUCCUGUCUUUAUUUUUGUUUUCCAAGCAGUAUUGUAAAUACUUGUUAAAAGCUGAAAGACCUGUUAACUUAUUUAAUAGACUAUUCUGCACUUUCUUUAUUCAAGUUUAUUGUUUGAAAGCUUAAUGUUCCUGUGUUUAAUUCGAAGCUUUGUAAAUUUUGUGUUUGCAAUCUCCAAAGGGAACCUUACGCUUGAUUACAAUUAUGUUCGACUAGGCAUGUUAUCUUCUAGAAUAUUACGGGCAAAUUGUUGGUGCUUGAAAGUGUUUGAAUGUAGAGUGAAAUAUCGCAACAAUGUUUUUAAGGUUACCCUGUUACUGCAUCGAACGAAACAUGCAGGCAUUCACAAGCAUUUAAAAUUAUGGCUGUAUUGUUGUGUGCUCAUUACAUUAAGUGCAUACGAGCAUUUGGCAGAAUUCUCUUUCUUUCUUUUUACAUUUUGCAUGUCAAACAUAUGGGGCAUGACGACGUGGUUAGCGCUUAGUCAGCUAAAACAUUCUGGAAAAUGCGUCUGAUGCACGGGAAUUUUGCCUAGAUGGCACUGAGCUUGGUUCAUUCAUGCUGUGAAUGACACCAUCUCACUUAGCCACUAAAAACACAUGAAAGCUCUGUCUGGCUUUUCGAAAGACUUUAUGUUGUCAAUAAAGCCUUAUGUGCUAAACAUGAGUGCCGAGGGCAUUCCCGCGAUUCGAAGCUCACAAAAUAGGAGUGGCAUUGUGUUAUGGCGUUUCACAAACACAUUGAAAAAAAAUAGUAAUAAUACAGACUAGUUAGGUGCACUCUGUUCGAAGCAUAUUUCAGCAAAUAAAUUGCUAGACAGCGAGAGAACUUAAAGCAAAAACUUAAAAUGCCAUGAUGAUGAUGCAUGACAUUCUUAUUUGUUCUUGCGCCAAUGUACUAUUAAAUUAAUUGUGUUCUACUUAAAUCAAAGGCAUUUUUUGGACAAUAUCUGCUUGAAAGCACUGCAGAUGUUUCAUGUUAAGAUCUUUAGCAAAUUUAGAGAAGCCUGUACGUUGGGCUGUUAGCAUGGCACUGUUAGGUUCUUGCCUGGUUCACUGUAGAGCUGAGAAUAUUUUUUGGCAUUAGACUAAAAAUAUUUUAAUUGGCACUGUUUUAUACACGUUAGGAUUAGGGCACAGCCAUACUGCAUUGUGUCACCUAGAUGUCUGCGUAUCUGCAAGCAGGAGAGAGAAAAAUGUGAACGAGGCUGCCUGAACGGUGUACCGUAGGACCAUGGCUGACUGAAAGCCAUAUAUGCCGAUGUGCCAGGUGCCAAGUUAUGCAAAAUCUUGCGAAAGUGGCCACAAAAGCAAUCGCUCAAGAAUACAGCCUUUGCUUAUUGUCACCCGGCCAACAGUGUGCAGCAUGUUUUUAUUAUUAUUAUUAUUAUUAUUAUUAUUAUCAUCAUCAUCAUCAUCAUCAACAACAACAACACAUUGUGCUUUGAAGCUUUUGCAAUGUUUGCUGUCACAUUCCACAUUGAUUUAAUUUCUGUCCUUAAACUCCCGAGUGAGGUGCCGUCCCGGUACGCUCUUUGCUAACCUGUAUAUAACUUUUUUUGAGAUUAGGUUGCUGUAUUGAGCACCAUGUGUUGCAUUUGUUUGGGCACCAGCAUUCGGACUUGAUUUUCCGAAGGAAAAGAAAAGUAUCCGUGUGCUUUUUCUGCCCAUUGUUUUUGGUUUUUCAUUGCAUAGGGCAUGUAGUCGACCACCAUCUACCAUCAUCUUUGCAGCCUUCAAUGUUCCUAGGGGCAAGCAAGCAUGUGCACUGUGUCUUUCUAGCCUCCUGAAACAGUUUGUUGGCUUGUCAUUUACGAAACAGUAAGCCUGAAGUGACUUUGUAAUCUUCAAGCUUUAGAAGCAUUGAUAGCCAGCACGUGAUGCACAAGAUCCAAUUGUUUUCGGGCACCAUUGACGAUAACAUAUCGUGCUAGCUUAUAGUGUUGCAGGAGCAGAAUGAGAAUGGAAUAAAAGAAAGGUUGGGAGAAACUGCAGGGCCUUUGAGCCCACACCCACAUAGAAGACGAACUCAAGCCCACAUUUUCACUCUCACCAAAAUUAUAUACACGUAGCUGUCUGUUUUACAACCACUCCCGCCGCUUCAAGAACUGUAGCUCAUUGUCACCCUUCCGUCUUUCGUAAAUUUGCUGGUUAUUCUUUCCCUCCCUUCUGCCAUUACCGAGCGACAAAAGCGAAGAUCGUAAUCUUUAGUAGUAUUGCUGUAGCCAGAGCAAGCUAUCAAAACUGGCAUGACGCAAGUAUUGAAAUGCAGUAUUAUGCACGUACGAGAGGUUUAACGAUGAUAACGAUGCGUGCUGGAUUCCUAGAUGAGUGUGCUUGAUCAUCUUUUGUGAUAACGCUUGAUAACUUUCCUGUUUGCUUAGGCUGUGCUCAGAGCAUAGAUGCAGACCCUCCCUCCCACUUCUGUGAUGUAGCAGGCACGAAUUUAAGUAGUGGUUGAGAGAUGUGUUAGCUCAUUUUGACCGCGUACGCUUUCCUGCAGUUGGAACAUAGUGCUACUAGUUUCAGUCAAUUCAGACAGCGGUUUCGCUACCAAUCUGUUCGCCGUGUAAAAAUUCAGUUUGUUCCCCAUUUUCUCGUUCAGUGGUCAUCCUUA